CUACUUUGCUGGGUCCUGUUAUAUUUUAUUACCUUUAAUGGCCACUCUCCCGUGGGAGUGUGCCUAGAUAUGUUCGUGAUUGUCAGAAUUGGGAUAUUUAGAGAUUCCAAUCGAUUAAUAUGAACCGUUCAUACGAUUCGGAAUUGAGAUGGGUAAAAAUCUCAAAUGGGCCACACCGUAUUGAUUGAACUCUCACAAUUAAAAACUUCUUCAGCCUACAAAAGUUUUGGAUGAAGCUGAUAUUUGUUUUCUUACCUUCAUUCAAGUCUGUAUGGCCUAAUCUCCAGGUUGGAUGUCAAAUAAAGUUACAGUGGGCCUUAGGAGGCUUUUAAUGGUAGACAUUCAAUCACUACUGUUUUCCCGUGGUGUGGUCCACCUGAGAUUUUGAUCUGCCUCAUUUAUAAUAUAAAAUGUUAAAAUGAUGUGUAAAAAUGGAUGAACGGUGUGGAUAAAACACAUAGAUCAUGGUGGGGCCCACAUAGCACCAACCAUUAGCCACCUAUUAGUGUCAGCGUCACUAGCCAAACCGCGUCUUCUCUUCUUCUGCAUCUCUCUGCUUCUCUAUCCUCUCUUCCUGACUCAUGAAAUUCCUUACCAUUGCAUAUUUCUAACCUUUCCAGACCUCUCCCACACAUCAAAUUCCUCUCUGCUUCCCAUCCACACAUACCAAAAGGAGAAAGAAAUCAGAACAAAAAAAAAAAAAAACAACAUGGUCGAUUGGCUCGUCUCGACUGCAGUAGAGAAGUUGAACACCAUCCUCCAAGGUGAGGUGGCCAUGUUGGUAGGUUUCACUGAUGAAAUUGAAAAGCUUUCCAGCACAUUCACCUUAAUUCAAGGUGUUCUUGAAGAUGCUGAAUCCCGGCGUGUGAAGAAUGGACUAAUCAAGAUCUGGUUAGAGAAGGUAAAAGACGUGGCCUACGAUGUAGACGACGUACUAGAUGAGUGGAAGACAGAAGCUCUUAGAUUAGAAGCAGCCAAUGAAAGUGAUGGGUCCUAUUUCAUCAAGAAGGUAAGAAGCUUCUUCUCUCGUGUUCCUUUCUUCAAUUAUGUUGAGUUACGCUACAAAUUUGGGAGUAGGAUAAAGGAGGUGAGGGAUAGAUUAGAUGACAUCGAUAAAGAGAAGAGCCAAUUGGGUCUUAGAGUAUAUAGUGGGGAGAGUGCGAGAGAGGAUCGUGAAGUGAGGCAGAGCGAGAUAAGGGAGCGAGAGACAGGCUCCCAACUAGACCGAUCGUCGAUUGUAGGUAGAGAAGUUGAAAAAGAUGAAGUCAUAGACUUGCUGCUGCAGGAGGUAAAUGAUCAGGUGCCCAUCGUUAUUUCUAUCAUUGGAAUGGGGGGCUUGGGGAAGACUACCCUUGCUCAGCUCGCCUACAACGAUGACAAAGUCAAGAUGCAUUUUGAACUGAGAAUGUGGGUGUGUGUUUCAGACGAUUUCGAUGUGAAACGGAUUACAAAAUCAAUCAUAGAAUCUGCAACCGGGUCUAGUUGUGCACAUCUGGACCUGGACCCAUUGCAAAAUCGCCUCCAUAAAAUGUUGCUUGCAAAGCGAUUCUUGCUUGUGCUCGAUGAUAUUUGGAGUGAAGAUGGUGAGAAGUGGGAUAAACUUAGACUUCCCUUCCAGCCGGAGCAUUAGGGACUCGAAUUGUUAUAACCACUCGCAGUGAAAGGGUUGCAUUGGCGAUGGGAAACGCUCACAUAUGUAAUCUGGCCGUCUUACCCGAUGAUGAUUGCUGGUUAUUGUUCAGGCGUAAAGCACUUGAGCAUUGGAGUGCAGAAGAGCAUUUAGAGUUGGAAGAGACUGGUAGGAAAAUUGUAAAGAAGUGUGGAGGGGUGCCCCUCGCAGCAAAGACAAUAGGAGGUGCCAUGCCCCUGAGAAGAACGAGAAGGGAGUGGGAGCUUGUCUUGGAAAGAGACAUAUGGAAUUCACAUGAUGUCUUACAAGGCAUUUUACCAGCAUUGUUACUAAGCUACCAUGACUUGCCUCUGGCUCUGAAGCAAUGCUUUGCAUAUUUCUCCAUCUUCCCAAAAGAUUGGCGGAUAGAGAAGGAUAUGAUAGUCAAGCUAUGGGUGGCACAAGGUUUCAUCCGCUCCGAAAGAAGUAGAGAUAUGGAGGAAAUUGGUGGGCUGUAUUUUGAUGAUUUCCUAAGACGCUCGUUGCUCAAAGAUGCAGAACUGGACCGUGACAAGAACAUAUUCAGGUGCAAGAUGCAUGAUUUAGCUCAUGAUCUUGCGCAAUCUGUUGCAGGAAGCGACUGUUCACUGGUGGAGAUCAUAAAACAAUCCCCGUUGAACCUAACUGAUGUCUGCCAUUCUUUUUUAAUUGUCAGUGAUAAAGCUGGUAAUGAAGCAGAUAGAGUGACUUCCAUUUCUGCCACCUUGCACAAGGCCCACAAGCUGCGAACGUUGUUACUACGAAAUGACUCAAGAAUCUCCGGGGUGCCACACAAUUUAUUUGAUCAUUUGAGAUGCCUUUGGGCAUUGGACUUGAGUGGGUCUAAGAUGAAGGAGUUGCCUCGAACAGUAGGAAAAUUGAAGCACUUGAGAUAUCUUAAUUUAUCUCACACAUACAUAGCAGAAUAACCAGGGGAGGUGACUGAUUGUGGAAAUUUACAGACCUUGAGACUCGAUCAAUGUACUCGGCUAAAAAAACUGCCUAGACAGAUGGGAAAAAUGAUUAGCCUGAGACAUCUAGAAUUGGAUUCUUGUCUCUCUCUGAGUUUCAUACCUCAAGGGAUAGGGAGACUAACCAGCCUUCGGACGUUAAAAAGGUUCAUUGUGGGGGGUGGCAAUGAAGGAUGUAAAUGGGGAGAACUGAAACAUCUCAAUCAUCUUCAAGGAAGACUUCGAAUUAUAGACUUCGAAAAAGUCAGGAGCAGGGACGAAGCUAGGGAGGCAGAACUGUAUAAGAAGCAGCACCUUCAUAAGCUAAUCUUGAUUUAUAAGUAUGAAGGAAAUGAACUGUUGGAUGAUGAAGUGAAGAGAAUGGACGAUGUGCUUGAGAUCCUCCAGCCCCACACAAACUUGAAAGAGUUGGAAAUAUGGUAUUACAAAGGCUCGAAGCUUCCCAAAUGGAUACAGGAUCCUGUGUUCUCUAAUCUAGUCAAGGUGAAACUCUUGUUUUGUGAUUAGUGUAAACAAUUGCCAGGUCUUGGGAAACUACCAUACCUUAAAUACCUUGAAAUUAGGGGAAUGAAAGAGGUGAGAAAGGUGGGUGGUUUGUUUUGUGGGGAUGAUAACAAUGACAGAAGUGGUGGUGGUGGUGUCUCAUUCCCAAAGCUGGAGACCCUCUUCUUCGAAGACAUGCCAAAUUGGGAGGAGUGGGAAUUGAGAGGUGGAGAUGGAGAGGUUAUGCCAUCUCUCCUCCUAUUACAAAUAUCUGAAUGCCGAAAGCUGAAGGAGUUGCCGAGCAACCUUCCACCACUCCUCCAGAAGCUGAGUUUAAGCAUAGGUAACGAUGGAUUGCCAUCGGGUGGGCCCUUACCUGUCCUCCCCAACCUUAAG